AUGACAAGAAAAAAAGCAAGGAAAACCAUAAAUACUGCAAGUACUAGUAGUUAUACUUUUACUGAUGCUGAAAGAAUGAAAGAAAAUUUUUUUGCUCAUACUACGGUUCGACAAGCUCAAAAAAUUAGCGGUGAUGCAGGUAUUGCUGAGAUUGAUAGCGACAUUGAGAAAAUAAAACUUUCGGCUAAUGAAGAAAUAUUUAAUGCUAAUAAACAACAACUAAUUAGUAAAAUGCAAGACCUUGUUAAUAAAUGUCAAGUGACUAGUGCCACUUCAGUUGAAGUAGAAAAAUUAGAACCUAAACAUCAAAAAGAACUUUUAGAUUUAGAAAGUCAAGCCAGAGCAGCCGAAAGUGCUUAUAAAGAAAACUUACAAAAAGCAAAUGAUGAAACUGAUGAAAAAAAGAAAGCAGAAUUUAUUGUUCUCGCUAAUCGUGCUGCUCGGGAUGCGGAAAAAAUUAAGCAAAAGAUAAAAACUAAUCCUUUGAUGGAAGUUGGUAAUUUCAAUUAUUUAGAUGACUUAAAGAAAUUAGCCAAGGGUAAUGUUCCUAAAAAUGCUAGUUCGGAUAGAAAAACACCUCACAACAAUCCUAAUAAUAAUCACCAAGACAGUGAUAAUUUUUUAACUAAAUAUCGUAAGGAAAUUUUCAUGGCAGUAGUUGGAUUAGGGAUAAUCAAGCGAAAUUUACUACUGUUAACUGUCGGAGUAGGAUUAGCCUAUUACUUUUUCAUUUACUUACCCGAAGAAGAGGAAGAAAAUAAUAAAAAGAGACAAAAUAAUCAGCAUUCAUCGACCUCUUCUCUAAUUGGUGAAUAUCAAAAAUUUGCUUCUCUAUUUCCAAAUGGCGAUAAAGAUGAAAGGUUUUAUUUCUCGCGGGCUGCUCCUUAUACUAUUCAUUUCCCACCUUCUUUACAAGAAUACUACGAAAAGGAAAGAGUAGAAUCUAACCCAGUAAGAGGUGAAAAAGACAGAAAUAAAAAAGACAAUAGUGCUAUUUUUUACGGAGCUCCGGGAAUUGUAAAAGAUUAUGGGUUUGAGCGAGAGGAUAAUGGCGAAGUGCGUUAUAUUCUCUUUGUUGAUGAAGCCAAUCAGAUUAGUAAUAAUUCACUUAUUUUUCAACCAAAUCAACUGAAAUUUCUUAAAGAUUGUUUAGAAAGAGUCAAUCAGAAUGAAAGAAGCAAUAAUCUUUGGGUAUUUGCUACUAACCAUUUAGAUCAGAUUGAAGAAGCAGUCUAUCGCGAAGGAAGGUUAAGCAAUCCUUUAGAUUUUAAAACCGAAGAAGAUGAGAGAGAUGAAAGCGGAAAAAAAACAGGAAAUAAAGUUAAAGAAGAUAUUGAGAUUGGUGAAUUUUUAGAAUUCUUUUGGUAUGUUAAGAAAAAAUAUCUAUCAAGUUAUGACGGAAGCUUUGAAAACAUUAGCAAAUUAACUACCGAAACAGUCUUAGAUACUCGUUUAGUUGAGUUAAUUGAAGUUUUGGAUGAAAAAUUGCGCAAGUUAGUUGAGGAAGUUAAUAAAAGCCGACUUGAAGGAAAAGAACAAAUUAUGGGCGGCAUUGACCGGAUAAUAAAAAGACUUUGUGCUUGUAUAGGAUGUGCAGUAGGAAUAGGAUUAUGUGUAGCAAGUGCGGGAAUGGCUACUCCUUUUGUGGCUGCUAACCAAGAAAAUGAAGAAGCUGAAAAGCGAUUAAUGGAAGAUAAACGCUACAAAGAUAUCUCCGAUGCUACUAAAAAACAAUUUCAAGACAAUCAAAAUAAUCAAAACUUAUUACUGAACCUUGCUGGUAAACUUAAUGGAACAGUUCCUCGUGAAUCUCAUGAGACUGAUGAAUAUUUAAAACAGCAAAUCGCUAUCGUUCAAAGUAGUUUAAAAGCUGGUGAAGAAAGAUAUAAUCAAUUACUUGCUGAUUUAGACAAAGUUAGAAAAGAAAUCUUAGGAGGAUUUAAUUUUAUGAAACUCCUCGGUUUUGAUAAAAUGAAAACCAUGGAUAAGCAAAUUAGUAAAGUAUUAAAAACACCUAAUAUUAAGGAUUUUGGACUUGCUUAUCCUACGGUAGAGAUGGAUUUUGAGUUAUUAAAAAAAGUCUUAACCGACUUAGAUAAUUUCUUAAAAGAAAAUGCUUCACCGCAGACGCAGGAUAAAGCAAGUGGUGAUAAAAGUAGGAGAAAUAAAGCAAAUAGAGAGUGUUAUCAUGAAAAGAUAACUAGUAAAUUAUCAGAAAAUUUCACGACUCAAGAACAAUUAAAGCAAACUUAUCAAGAAGUAGUCCGAGAACUUAAUCAAUUAGCUAGAAGUAAAGGUAUUGAUGAUCCAAUAGAUUUACCUAGCAAAAACACUAACCCUUCAACUAAUCCUCAAGAAUCUUUUCCUUGA